AUGGAGGCCAUGCCCGAAAAUCGCAGCAGCCCAGUUUCGCGGCGAGUGAGAGCUAGCAGGCGUUUGCUGGCAUCGAUCGCGUUCCUCCGCGCGCUAUUUAUUGAUUGGGAGUGCGCAGCUGGCGGGAGCAGGACACGGUAGGCCCGACGAAGGCCUCGUCGUCCUCUCGCGAGUGGCGGCCGGCACCUCCAGCUGCUCGCAUGCAGCCCCUUUGCGGCUCAGUUACAACCUGAGAUGGCCCUGGCAGCCGUCCUCCUCGUCGUUGCCGCCCUUUCGGCCGCCUCGCACGCCCAGGAAAUCCGAAUCACGUCGCAGCAGUGGCAGGGGCGUCAGAUUUACGAGUUUCGGGGCUACCAUGACGUUGAGGUUUUCUACUUUCGCGUGCCGGACCAAACCGUGUUGGCCAACUGGAGUUUUACUGCCAGGGAGCUGUCGGACUGCGAGCCCCGCAACGUAUCCAUCUAUUUGAAACACGGCAGUUUUCCGGUGGUGAACCCGAACAACGCCACUUUCCCCAACGACUUCCGCACGCAGGACGAGGCGGGCAAGGUCAAAGGGCUGUCCAUCCUGAGUGACGGCGCCAAGAACUCGCUGCAGGUCGAGCAGCCGCUGCCUGGAGACUGGUUUCUCAUUGCCUUUCUCACUUUUGAGAAUACGAGGAUUGAACAAAAGGGCAUUGCCAAGUACUGCAGCACAAGUUUUACAACUAAUUUAGAUGUCACGUGGACCAAUGAAACAAUUCUCCUGAUACCCGAGGUGCAGAACUACCAGGAUAUCCAAAUUCACCAAUCGAUCGAGCAGGACCAACAAAUUUAUUACAAGUUUUUCGUGCCUGUUGAAACGCACUGGGCAACAAUCAACAUCAAAAAUUGCGAGAACAACUGCCCGAUCCAGGUUUACUGGCGGGCGCGGGCGUUGCCGCUAAUCGAUGAGGCUGAGGGACUGAACUGCACCGGAAAUAUUAGCACAUGCAGUACCGGAUUCCUGCCUCUGGAAGGCGAGUGGCAUUACCUCACGAUAGCCGCAGAGGCAAACACGACUUACUCUUUGAAGAUAAUCUACCACACCUGUGCGCAGGAGUACCCUGUGACCAAGUAUUUCCUGACAAACGACCUGGACACGGGAAAGGUUUGCUCGUCCGUGUCCGAAGUGAGCAGAUUCCGGAUGCUCUUCCGCGGCUCAAAGCAGCACUUUGAAAAGGCCGAAGCGGAAGUGUGCUGGGACAGGGUGGGCCUCUUCCGCAGGUCCAUGUCGGCCAGUUUCGCCUACGAGUUCGACCUUCUGCCCGACGAAAACGGAACGAGCCCUCUAAAGCUGGAGGUGGCAACGGGACAGCCCACGAUUCUCAGCUUCUACGUCAAUCCGAAGCAGGACAUCGGCGGCAAUAUGUGGCUUGACGUCGGAAUGGACCCGAAAAUGAAAACAACGGGCUACAAUGUGACGUUCAUCGUGUGCUUCAGCCACAUGGAGCGGUUCAAGCCGAAUUUCGACCACCCGAAAUGCGACCCUGACGACUUCUACCUGCUGGAGAUCAACGCCACCAAGCGGUACGCCAGGGCGGUGAUCCCCUACCCUGAGCCGGGCACUUGGAACGUCGUCAUUCAGCCUUUUUGCCACGAAAACAAAUCAAAAAUCACGUGCCCAAACGAAACGUUGCCUUUCUUCUUCAGCAUCAUUUCCAGCGCUUGCGUCUACGGAAGCUGCGGUCCUUUAGGAAGGUGCAGCAUCUCUCGGACCGCUGGAUAUAGUCUUUCCACUUGUAUUUGCUCCGCAGGUUACAAGGGAUGGGGUUGCACUGAUGCCUCCGAGGCUGUGCCAUACAGCGAGCUGCUCCUGUCGACCCUGCUGCUAACCCUGAGCAACCUGCUUUUCAUUCCGUCCAUCGUCCUGGCCAUUUACCGAAAGUACUACACAGAAGCACUAGUCUACGUCAGCAUUAUGUUUUUCUCCACGUUUUACCACGCGUGUGACGGCGUGGCCUACUCGUUCUGCUUAAUUCGGCCGGACGUGCUGCAGUUCUGUGACUUCUACUCGGCCAUCCUCGCCUUCUGGGUGACCAUGAUCGCCAUGUCGGACGUGUCUCCGACCCUGACCUCGCUGUUCCACAUGGGCGGCGCCAUCGCCGUCGCUCUCGGUAUCGAGUACGACCAGUUCGGAAUCGCCGUAUUCGCAGUGCCGGUCGCGUCUGGCGUCGUCAUUUUAGUCAUUUCCUGGGCGCUGCAUUGCCGAAGAGAAGGGGGUUGUUACCCGAGCAAAAAGUACUGGAUUUGGUGCCUGCCACCGGGGUUGCUGCUGGCUGCCGUGGGCCUCGUGGUCUACGCCUUCCUGCAGACCGAGCGGAACUACAAAUUCGUGCACAGCGCGUGGCACGCGGUCAUGGCGCUGUCCAUUAUGUUCCUGCUGCCGUUCAAAAGGGAAAAGAAGCAGGUCGAACUCGCGUGGCGAGGCUUGCAGGCGUGAGAGUGAUUUCCCAAAAUUUUGACAAGACUGUCUAUCUGAUAAUUAAGUUUAGUUAGCUCAGGCCACACUCGUGAUUUAAGCUGGCAAAAAUAAAAUGUGAGCACAAGGAAUCGACAUAUAUAUACAUGUAUUUUACGCCGAGUGCAAAAUAAAUUUUUUCUGAGAAACUGAACCUCUCAA